ACAAACAGCCCAAACGCAGUUCUGCGCUGGCAGCUCUGCACAUGCUCCGUCUGGCCCCGUGGCGCCUCACUCACUCAUUGAGGUUUCUAUUGGUUUAAAGCAACCUUCCGGCCCCUGAAGCUCUAAGACCUGCAGCAUUUCCCUGGCCACGAUCCAAGGAAACUCGGCCAACGAUGCUGAAGCCGACUGACUGUUGGCUGCAGCGUGUAAGCUGGUGUUUUCUCUUCUCCAGAGCCCUGGAUUGUUUUUGCUGUUCUUAGGGUAAACGAUGAGACAGGCUACCAUGGAUUUCAGCCCCUCGUCUGUGUUCGAUCAGCAAAAAGGUGACUCAGCCGAGGAAGUCGACCUGACCAUGGUGUAUCAGGCAGCGUCUAAUGGAGAUGUCAAUGCUCUGACUGCCGUGAUCCGAGAGGACCCUUCCAUCCUGGAAUGCUGUGACAGCGAAGGAUGCACGCCCUUGAUGCAUGCGGUUUCCGGACGUCAAGUAGACACGGUGAAACUGCUGUUGAAGAUGGGCGCCAACAUUAAUACCCAGGACGCACACGGCCGCACCAGUUUGUGCCUGGCAACCUACCUGGGCUGGCUUGAAGGCUGUGUGAGUCUGCUCAGAAAUGGUGCCAAGCACAACAUCCCAGAUAAAAAUGGCCGCCUGCCACUGCAUGCUGCCACCGCAGAGCCCGAUGUGAGCCCUCAUGGUGGGAGUUCAUUGACCAGCACUUUCUCAACGGUCUCCAGACAUGGCUGUUUACCAGAUCAUCCUGAAAGGCUCCUCAUCGUCCUGCUGCAGCAGUCCAGCCUCAGUGAGAUCAACCACCAGGAUGCGGAGGGAAUGACACCGCUCCACUGGGCAGCUUUCCAUAACCGGCCUCAGCACACCCAAGUGCUGUUGAAGAAGGGGGCAGAUCCCACUCUCGUGGACAAGGACUUUAAGACGGCCCUCCACUGGGCAGCCCAGAGUGGAAAUAGGAUCCUGUGCUCCAUCAUUCUGAGUCAUCACCAGGGCCCGUCCAUUAUCAACUAUGAUGAUGAGAGCGGCAAGACAUGUGUCCAUAUCGCAGCCGCUUCGGGUUUCGGCGACCUUAUUAACGAUCUGGCAAAAGUCCCCGAGUGUAACCUGCAGGCUCUGGAUGUGGAUGACAGGACACCCCUGCACUGGGCUGCAGCUGCCGGAAAAGCAGAAUGUGUCCAGUCACUGCUGGAGCUGGGCAUGGACAGCAACCUGAGGGACAUUAACGAGAGCACACCCCUGGCCUACGCCCUCUACUGCGGUCACACAGCCUGUGUCAGGCUCCUCUCCCAAGGCCGAGCAGAACCUGCUCGGCCUCUUCCUCCCCAGAACAGUCGACCCCAAAAGAAGGAAGAACGAUUCAGCGUGCUCAACCAGAUCUUCUGCACAAACAAGAAAGAGGAGCAGAAAGCCCAUCCGAAGGACCACAGUAAGGACAGACACAAGGAGGAGGACACCUCGGAAGUCAAUGACAUCAUCACCACCUUUGACAGUGUCGUGGAUACCAACUGCCAAGAUCAGCCUGGUGAUCAGGUGGCUAUGGUUGUCUUUAAGAAGAGGACCUCAGAGAAUUCAAAGUAUCUCUUGCCAGAAAGGAAACCCCUGGCCCGGAAAGGGCUUCCACCAAUCAGAACACAGAGUCUCCCACCCAUCACUCUGGGCAAUCACUUCCUGACAGCCUCUCAUGGAGCCACUUCCCAUGCUGGCCUAAGCUCCGGUCCUCAGCACACUGCCCAACGUUCUCAGAAAAGUCGAAGUGAACAGGACUUAUUAAAUAACAGGACUGGCUGCCAGAUGUCACUAGAUAACCCCUGGAAAAAUGACACUAACCAAGGGUUCUCCUGCAAGGCUUGGACUGUGUCGUCUUCUGAUAAGUUACUAGACAGGCUAUUUGCUGGCCAGCCUGGUCACCAGGAGCUCUCUGGGCCACCUCAUCUUCCUCAUCUACAUAAUCCCUCACCAGGACAAACUCUGCAGCAUCUCUCCCCAAACAGACCUAAAUUCAGGGAUCUCCCUUUCACUCGGAACAGCCUUGCACCUCUGCCGGACCAAAAAUUUCUAUCUGGAGAACCCCUGAGAACAAACCGAGUACUUCCUGCGAUUCCAAGCCAACGGGGUCACGGCCCACCAGGUGAAGAAAGCAAGCCGUCUGCCAGUCCCACCCACGAUGAAAACUGACUGGGGUCGCUCCCUGUGGAAAUCUAGAAGAUCUAUAUUUUUCAACUUCUGUGGGUGAGAUUACUCUAGUUUUUGUGAGCAAAGUCUUAAUUUAGUUAGAUGUGUUCUACAAGCCAUUCACAGUUUUAUACUUCAAGAUUCCUUAUUUCGAAUAAACACACUUCCUAAAUACGCA